AUGUCCACCCCCACUUACUCUCUCAACGCCAACAUCGCGUCUACAUGCACGCGGCGUGUGCUGGUCUGCGCUGCCGAGUGCGGCAUGAGCGACCGCGUCAAGCUCGUCAACCACGCGUUCACCGACAUCAAGACGCCCAGGUGGCUCGAGGCUCAGCCGUUUGGCCAGAUGCCCGUCCUCGUCGAGGACAAGACCGGCUGGACCCUCUUUGAGUCGCGCGCCAUCGCCAAGUACAUCGCCGCCGUGUCGGGCAACACUCAGUUGAUGCCGCUUCCCACGGACGCGCAGACCUAUGGCAAGUUUGAGCAGGCGUGCUCGAUCGAGAACAACGACUUUGACGUCUCGGCCUCGGCGAUUUGCAACGAGCUCGUCUUCAAGCCUGGCAAGGGCGGUACCACCGACCCCGGGCGCGUCAUCCUCGAGCAGGAGAACCUGGAGAAGAAGCUCGCGAGCUACGAGGUGAUCCUCAGCCGCCAGCGCUACCUCGCCGGCGAGCAGAUGACCCUUGCCGACCUGUUCCACCUCCCUUACGGGACCAUGGUUACUGAGAUUGGCGGGACCACUUCCCUCACUGACGGUCGCCUCCCGAACGUCACGCGUUGGUGGAAGGAGCUCUCUGACCUGGCUUCGUGGAAGGCGAUUCAGGCCGAGAGGGCCGCGUACCUCGAGGCCCAGAAGAAGAAGUGA